AAAUUGGCUAUAUAAGUGACCCUCCCUUGUUAAAUUUCACUUUCAGAGCUUCAUUGAAAAUCUUGGGAAACAAACAGAAAAAGGGAGAGAUUUUUGAUUUCUGGGUAUGGCUCAAAGUGUCUUGUCCUAUGAGUUGUGCAAUGAUCAGGAGCGAAUUGAUGAUCAAAUGAGUGGCUUGGAACUAAGUCUCUCAGCUAUGGCUUGCUAUCCUUUCCCUUAUAUGCCAAUUUUGGAGAAUCCUGCAGUUCCAACUUGGUUCCCCACCGUAUCUGACGAAACCGGCAUUCACAAGAGGCUGAAAGGGACUUCAAGCGUUCCCGAAUCAAUCGAAAGCAAUAGCAGCUUUUAUUGUGGCGGUGGUGGUGGCAGCAAUAUGAGUCGCAAUAGCAGCACAAGCAGUUUGAACAGCUUGCCAAGGCUUCAAUUCCGUGAUCAUAUUUGGACUUACACGCAAAGGUACUUGGCUGCCGAGGCGGUGGAGGAGGCAGCAGCCGCCAUAAUUGGUUCCGAGGAUGGAAAAUCUGAGGAGGCCGAAGGCGCAGGGGACGGGAUGAGGCUUGUCCAGCUCCUAAUUUCUUGUGCUGAGGCAGUGGCUUGUCGCGACAAGUCAUAUGCCUCGGUGUUAUUGUCGGAGCUACGAGCAAGCGCGUUGGUAUUUGGCUCAUCAUUCCAACGCGUGGCUUCGUGCUUUGUCCAGGGCCUGGCUGACCGCUUGGCCCUAGUCCAACCGCUCGGUUUCGUAGCACCAUCGAUGAGCAUGAUCGACAUUGCUUCGGCAAAAAAGGAAGAAGCCUUGCACUUGGUUUACGAAAUUUGCCCACACAUUCAAUUUGGUCACUUUGUGGCCAACUCAACAAUAUUGGAAGCCUUUGAGGGAGAGAACAAUGUCCAUGUGGUAGAUUUAGGGAUGACCGUAGGUCUGCCACAUGGAUACCAAUGGCGACGGCUGAUCCAGAGCCUCGCCAACCGUGCAGGCUUACGGCCUGCACGACUUCGGAUAACUGGAGUCGGUCUAUAUACAGACCGAUUCCAGAUUAUCGGUGAUGAGCUAGAGGCCUACGCUCACAGCCUGGGGAUAAAUCUGGAAUUUUCGGUAGUGGAAAGCAAUCUGGAAAACUUGAAGCCUGAGGACGUCAAGCCCCGGGAAGGUGAAAUCCUUGUCGUCAAUAGCAUUCUUCAGCUUCAUUGUGUGGUGAAAGAAAGCAGGGGAGCUCUGAACUCGGUUUUGCAGAUCAUUCAUGAGCUUUCACCUAAGGUUUUGGUGCUUGUUGAGCAGGACUCGAGCCACAAUGGGCCUUUCUUUCUUGGAAGGUUCAUGGAAGCACUACACUAUUACUCUGCAAUCUUUGACUCUCUUGAUGCUAUGUUGCCCAAAUACGACACAAGGCGCGCGAAAAUGGAGCAGUUUUUCUUUGCCGAGGAGAUCAAGAACAUCGUCAGUUGCGAGGGGCCUGCUAGGGUGGAGCGGCACGAGCGGGUGGACCAAUGGCGAAGGCGGAUGAGCCGGGCAGGGUUUCAGCCUGCACCCAUUAAGAUGGUGGCACAAGCGAAGCAGUGGUUGGGAAAAAUUAAAGCUUGUGAUGGUCACACCAUUGUGGAGGAGAAAGGGUGCUUGGUUCUCGGGUGGAAGUCGAAGCCGAUCGUUGCUGCUUCCUGCUGGAAAUGCUAAAAUUUGAACAGUUUCAGGGCCUAAGGAUCGUCUGUACUCAAAUUUCUCAGUUCUUAUAUCCUAAUGCACUUUCUAGUUGUAUGACUAUGUCUCAAACAUUUUCAUAUCUUGAGAUUCUCAUCCCAUCUUACGGCUAAGAGCGUAUUGAGAGAGGGAUAAAGAGAUUUGAGUACAGACGAUCCGAGGCCCAUCUGUGGCGCUGCAGUUAUGUCGCGCAUUGAAUAAAACAAUAUGGUUCUUGAUGGGGACCAUGUGAGUGUUUAAUAAGUUCAUCUGCUGCAAAGAUUGUACUAUGGCAAUGCCCAAGUUCAGUAGAGUGAAGAUUCUGAAUUUGGAUGGAAAAUAAGGGACCUGAUUGUGAAUUUGAGCUAUUCAGGGAUGAUGAAUAGAUUGAAUAAAGUAGUAUUGAUGGUUUGAUGUACAUAGAUUGACAUUGUUUUCAUUCUUUAGUUUUCAAAUGACUGAAAUCUGAUAAUUAAUGGGAUAUUGGACAUAAGGGAAA